UCCGGGGAGACCAGAUAUAGUGACUGCAGGGUUCGGGGAGACCAGAUAUAGUGAAUGCAGGGUCCGGGAAGACCAGAUAUAGUGAAUGCAGGGUCUGGGGAGACCAGAUAUAGUGAAUGCAGGGUCCGGGGAGACCAGAUAUAGUAAAUGCAAAUGUCCUGGGUGGACGGUUAAAAGGGACCAUGCAAGGCCCAGGAGAGAGAACUGUAACUCACUCAUCCGGGGAGACCAGAUAUAGUGAAUGCAGAGUCCGGGGAGACCAGAUAUAGUGAAUGCAGGGUCCGGGGAGACCAGAUAUAGUGAAUGCAGAGUCUGCGUGAACCAGUUGGAGAUCUGAGUUUUGUGACAUAGUGCAU